GCUGGGGCUUGAAAGAGGUGCCACCGCCAAAGAGGCCUUUGAGGUUAUCGUCUCCUUGUUGGAAGAGCACGGGCAAGGUGGAAACUACUAUGAAGAUGGGGACUCGUGCCACACUUUCCAAAGCGCGUAUCUGAUCGUAGAUCGAGAAGAAGCCUGGGUGCUGGAGACCAUCGGGAAAUACUGGGCAGCUGAAAAAAUCACAGAGGGACUGAGGUGCAUCUGCAACCAGCUUUCCCUCUCCACCAAGAUCGAUGCAGAGCAUGCUGAGCUCAGGAGUUAUGCAGAAGGCCAAGGCUGGUGGACUACAGACCAAGAGUUCAAUUUCUCCCAAGUCUUUUCUCAAGCAGAUGACCACGUCGGCUGCUGUUCGGCCAAAGACAGCCUAGAAAAACACGAGGGCAAGUAA